AUGAGCACUGAAGACAUUAUCGAUCAAACAAAGGUCUCCGCUGGAGGCGAUGAACCGGAGAAAGAAAACAGUGAGCCAACACAAGAAGAGAAAGAAAAACGUCUCGCUGAAUUGGUUGCUAAUGGUCGUCGUGAACUAAGAGUCAAUAACAACGCCGAAGCGUCAGAGAUUCUCAGUGAGGCAGCGGAAUUGAGUGUCGAGAUUUACGGAGAAGGGCACGAGAACACAUUUGAUGCUUGUUAUUACUAUGGAAUGGCCUCAUUGGAGGUUGCAAAAUUAGAGAGUGCACUGUUGAAAAACCCGGAUGAGAAGCAGCGAAAUGGAGUUUCCGGAGACGAAGAAGCCGCUAGUGGCGACGAGGAGGAAAAAACGGCAGAAGACGAAAAUGAUGAUGGCUCGGAGAAAGAAGAUGGAGAAGAAUCAGAAGAUGGCGAUGAAGAUUCGAUGAAACUUGCUUGGGAGCUACUUGAGACUGCACGCUGCACUGCGGCAGCUAAAAUUGAAGCUUUAGAAGCAGAACGUAGUGGAGUUCAGGCUAUUGAACAAUGGAACCUGAAGCUGGCGGAUGUUCUCAUCCUUCUUGGAGAUCAUGGAAUAGCCGAUGAAAACUAUGAACAAGCAAGGGAAGAUUUGGGCCGUGCCCUCGGAAUUCAGCAGAACAUUCUUCCUCCAAGUUCGAGAAUUAUUGCUCAGACGUACAUUCUUAUGGCCAGUGCAUGUUCAAGCAGCAUGAACUUCACUGACGCUGUUACUUUCUAUAAACGAACAAAAGAUACUCUCGUUGCCAGAGAGGAAGAGUUGAAGAAACAGUUACCAGAAAUCAAAGAUAAGGAGAAGAAAUCAGAGAUUGAAGAUGAGUUGAAAGAAUUAGAGGAAAUGAUUCCUGGAAUCGAUGAGAUGAUUAACGAUGCAAACGCCUCUGCUGAACAAGUAGAGCAGACUACAAAAGAAAUUAAGGCUCAGUUUGCUGGAUUCACUACGAUUCUCUCAAAACUUCCUCAAGAGACAGAAGAAAAGGAAGUGAACGAUAUCUCGAAUUUGGUCCGUCGCCCUGCAAAACGACAAACCGAAACCACUGAUAUCAAUACAGAUACAACGAAAAAGACAAAGAGUGCAGAAAAAGAAGAAGAGAAUUCUCAGAUUUGA